AACGGCCACGCCCGGUCCCUGUCUCUCUCUCUCUCGCUCGUUCGUUUCAUCGUCGAGGCUCGAACGAACCAACUCGAGAAGAGGAUCGAAACCAAAACACCUGAAAGCAUCAGUUUCUCUUCCAGCUCGAGUCAUUUUGCAGACAAAGGAAACGUCGGUUUCUUCUUUUUUUUUGGCUUGGAGAUCAUCGUUGGGUUCUUGGGUCCUUUCUCGCGUGGGGGGAGUUUCGUCAGAUACAUCGCCCUGCUUUUUUGUUUCUUCCGUUUUCAGGCACGUCUUGCUUGAAUCUAUAAACUUUGGGAGAUUUCGGGUCGAUUGAGCUGAGUCUUGCGGCGUGCCCGGCUUCCAGAUUUGACACUUUGAAGCCGGGAUGGACCAAUUCCGGCAGGUCGGAGAGGUGCUAGGAAGUAUGAAGGCUCUCAUGGUGUUGCAAGACGAUAUCCAAAUCAAUAGGAGACAGUGUUGCUUGCUCCUGCACAUUUUCACCACGGCUUUUGAAGAGAUCGCAUCGGAGAUUAAGGAGAACCUCAGGCUCGAAGAGAGACACACCAAGUGGAAGCCCCUCGAGCAGCCUAUGAGAGAGCUCCACCGGGUUUUUAAAGAAGGCGAGAUUUACAUCAAGCACUGCUUGGAUGUCAAGGAUUUUUGGGGCAAAGCGAUCACCCUUCACAACAGCAAGGAUUGUGUCGAAUUCCACGUCCACAACUUGCUAUGUAGUUUCCCAGCAGUCAUCGAGGCGAUCGAGACUGCCGGCGAGAUUUCUGGGCUCGACCCUGAUGAGAUGCAAAAGAAAGGAAUUAUGCUGAGGAGGAAGUACGAUAAUGAGUGGAAUGACCCGAAACUCUUCCAACUGAGAUACGGUAAGCAGUAUCUGGUCCCGAAAGAGCUGUGCAAGAGAUUGGACACGGUUUGGAGAGAGGACAGAUGGCUUCUCUGCGAGGCUCUGAAGGAGAAAAAAAGCUCGGAAUCUGCUGUUCUGACAAAGAACGAGCAGCGGCUUGCUGACCUCUUGAUCCGGAAAAUAAGUGCCUCGGAGACGUACGAUUGGACACUCUUUCCUAGUUCGAUCCUUACUGGGGCAAAGGACUAUGCCGUGAGGCGGAGAUUGGGAGUUGGGAGAGAGAUUAAGGAGAUUCAGUGGUUAGGGGAGAGCUUUGUUAUGCACCACCUUUUCGGAGAGGCCGGGCCAUCGAAAGGCGAGAUCUCUACUCUCCUAUCGCUUUCCCAUCCUAACGUGCUUCACUACUUCUGCGCCUUCUGUGAUGAAGAAAAGAAUGAAUGCUUUCUAGUUGCGGAGAUGAUUAACAAGAGUCUCGCUUGUCACAUAAAAGAAAAUUCAAAUCCGAAGAGGCGGGUAUUGUUCUCCCUUCUGGUUGUAGUCGACAUCAUGAUUCAGAUUGCAAGAGGGUUGGAGUAUCUCCACUCCCAGAAGAUUUAUCACGGCGAUCUUAACCCGACCAAGAUCCUCCUCAAACCAAGGACUAUAUCGGAAGGUUAUUAUUAUGUUAAAGUGGCAGGGUAUGGUUCAUCAGGAGCGCUCGACCGUAAUUCCCACUCUUUCCCAAACCAGGACUCGACCAACCCUUUAAUUUGGUAUGCCCCAGAAGUCCUCACCGAAAUGGAAAAGCCAGAGGGUGAUUCUAAGUCAAAGUACUCAGAGAAAGCAGAUGUGUACAGCUUCGGGAUGAUUUGCUUUCAGCUUUUGACCGGGAAAAUACCCUUUGAGGAAGGCCAUCUUGAAGGAGAUAAGAUGAGUCGAAACAUAAGAGCUGGGGAGAGGCCUCUGUUCUCAUUUCCUUCACCGAGAUACUUGGUGAAUUUUACGAGAAGAUGCUGGCAAACAGAGCCUUCACUGCGUCCAAGCUUUUCAUCGAUAUGUAGAAUUCUGCGUUACAUCAAGAAGUUCUUGGUGAUGAACCCAGAUAAUGGUCACCCUGAGCUGCAAUCUCCUCCUGUAGACUGCUGUGACAUAGAGGCCGGAUUUCAAAGGAAGUUUUCUGCGAGCGGGAAUUCAAUUGCAGUAACGCAGAUUCCGUUUCACAUGUUUGCCUAUAAACUAGCUGAGCUAGACAAGACUCGCCUGAGUACUAAGGUCGGGAUCAGUGAGACAGCAAGCGAAGUAGAAACAACCUGCAAGGACGAGAACUUGUUAGCUGAGGAUGAUUCUUUUCUACCAUCUGUUAGAUAUGCAAGAUCGGUUUUUACUGUUAUCCCAGACGAGAAAAAUCAACUGACUAACAAAGGCACAGCUUUGAAGGUUAGAAGAUUUCCAGAAGAUCAGGUCCAGCCAAGCGAUGUGAGGUCUAUUUGUUCAGAGAUACCAGAGAAGAGACCUUUGUCAUUUAAGAAAGGCACUGACGUUAAGACACGGAAAACUUCAGGAACACCGAAACCACAAGACAGGGCGCGGUCAUCGAAUCCUGAACGCCGUAAUGUGAAGGUAAACAGGAGGAGGGAAUUCGUUGUACCCAUGACCCCCUCUAGAAUUGUGAGUCGAGGAAGAACACGUGGACAUGUAUCAGAUUCCGAAAUACGAUAGCUGGUGUCUCCUCCUUUACACUCCUGUAAUGCAUGAUCAUUCUUAGAAAAUUUUGGCUCGAGGAAAAUUUGUCUUAAAGUAGUUCAGUUCACACGGCAGUCUGGUGCUCAUUGGAUCAUGUCAGGCCGAUUUGGUGAGGGCAGAAUGAAUCCAGCGUUCGAUUCCACAGACCAGCUUACAAUGGUUACAAUCAAUCUCUUGCUGUUUCAGAACGUACCUCUUUUACAUAGACAGAUAUAGAGAGAUUGUGUAGAGAUUCUUCCGAACCAGUUUCGGUUCUGUUCCGAAGUAAACUUCAAAGGAGUGGGUCGUGGUCGGGAAAUUUGUCUGCUUCACCACGCAAGGACUCGGAUCCGCAAUUUGGUGAUUUUACCGGUCUGAGAUGAUGCAGCUGCACUAUGUAAAUGGCAGUUUGCUCGGCUAUAGGCUGUGAUGGACUGAACGCCGUAUUUUUGAGGUUUGGAAGUCUCUUCACUUCCCCAGAGCAUUAUAGAUUGGGAAGGUCACCGAGUUAAUCUUUGACCAAAUUUAUUUAACCGUACCUGGGGCUGGAAUUCUGUCCUCA